AUGUCGAAAUCGCUUCCCUAUUCGGUUAAAGAUUUGCAAUACGACAACGCCAAGUUCCGCCAGCGUUCGGUUUCUAAGGUCAUAACGCAGUCCUUGCUCACCAAUACCAUGAGGCGGGAUUGUGUAAGCUGCAGUACGGGGAAGUUUCUAGCGUUAUUGUUAAUCUUUGGGGUAGGAUAUCUUAUGCUAACCCAUACAAGUACUGCCCAUUCUGUUUCGGUUAGAGUAGCGGAUAAAUUGAGUGUUCAUGGGGAAGGUACAAAUGCGACAGGAGGUAAUGCUUUGUUUGGAAGGAUCGGGAGGAAGCCACCGAGGCUUCCUCCACGAUUACCACCCAAUGAGCAUGGUAGUCACAAUGAUAAAGCUGUUCACGAACCAGCAAAGAUUGAUACCGAUUUAGGAUGGGUAGAAAGACAACAGAAAGUAAAAGAGGCUUUUAUCCAUGCUUGGUUUGGCUAUAAAAAGUAUGCUAUGGGCUAUGACGAACUUAUGCCUCUCAGCCAGAGAGGAACUGAUGGAUUAGGAGGCCUUGGUGCUACCGUUGUGGAUGCGCUUGAUACUGCUAUGAUAAUGGGUGCUGAUGACAUUGUUUCAGAGGCAGGCUCAUGGGUUCAGACACACCUCUCUGAUUUGAUUAAGAAGAAAGGCCAAGUUAAUUUAUUUGAGACUACCAUUCGUGUCUUGGGUGGACUUUUAAGUGCAUAUCAUUUAAGUGGAGGGGAGAAGGGGACAAACGUAACGUAUAAGGGGCCUAAACCAGUUGUUUACCUUGAUACUGCUAAAGACUUGGCUGACCGUCUGCUAUUAGCUUUCACUUCCAGUCCCACUCCCAUUCCAUUCAGUGAUGUUGUUCUCCAUGAUCCUUCUGCACAUCGAGCACCUGAUGGUUUGAGUAGUACUUCGGAGGUUUCUACUUUGCAGCUUGAGUUCAAUUAUCUCAGUACUCUUUCUGGUGAUCCAAAAUACAGCAUGGCUGCUAUGAAAGUUUUGGAGCACAUGAAAGAUCUCCAGAAGGUGGAGGGACUUGUUCCGAUCUAUAUAAGUCCGGACUCUGGUGAAUUUAGUGGAGAAAAUAUCAGACUUGGAUCUCGUGGAGACAGCUAUUAUGAGUACCUGAUUAAGGUAUGGCUUCAGCAAAGGAGCAAUCGAGAUAAUAACUUUACAUAUCUUCAUGAUAUGUACACGGAAGCAAUGAAAGGUGUAAGGCACCGACUUGUGAAGAAGUCAAUCCCAAAUGGCUUGGUGUUUGUAGGUGAAUUGCCUUAUGGACCUAAUGGUGCUUUUAGUCCUAAAAUGGAUCACCUGGUGUGCUUUCUGCCUGGUACACUUGCCCUUGGAGCCACUAAGGGAUUUACCAAGAAGAAAGCAAUGGAAGAAAACUUGCUCAACUUUGAAGACCUUGAAAAUUUGAAGCUUGCAGAGGACCUAGCAAAGACUUGUUUUGAGAUGUAUGCAGCAACUUCCACUGGUCUUGCACCUGAAAUUGUUUACUUCCAUACUGAGGAAUAUUCAGAAGACGGUCUUGAUGGAGGGAACAAGAGUUCGAAGUAUAUCAAUGACAUAAUAAUAAAACCUCUAGACCGACAUAAUCUUUUGCGCCCAGAAACAGUGGAAUCGUUGUUUGUCUUAUACCGUGUUACCGAAGACCCAAAAUACCGUGAGUGGGGCUGGCAUAUUUUUGAAGCUUUUGAGAAGUACACAAAGGUUGAUUCUGGUGGAUAUAGUUCUCUUGACGAUGUAACUGGCCUUCCCCCUCGAAGAAGGGACAAGAUGGAGACCUUCUUUCUCGGUGAAACAUUGAAGUACUUAUACUUGCUUUUUGGGGAUAGUUCCGUUAUCCCAUUAGAUAAGUUCGUCUUCAACACAGAAGCUCAUCCUCUUCCAAUUAAAGGCAUGUGA